UGUUCAUGCAAAUCCGCACACAAAGUUGAUCGCAUCAUCAGCCACAGACAUUAUUCUAUAGAUACUGGAGAUGUGAUACCUACCCACCUGGACCAGAUAAACCUGCAAAGAAAGAUGAGAAUCACUGGAGUUAUAACUCAAGGUGCUAAGAGAAUUGGAAGUCCAGAAUAUAUUAAAUCAUACAAAAUUGCAUACAGCAAUGAUGGGAAAUUAUGGUCAACGUACAAAGUGAAAGGCACCACUGAAGAUAUGGUGUUCCGUGGGAAUGUGGAUAAUAAUACACCUUAUGCAAAUUCUUUCACCCCACCAAUAAAAUCUCAGUACAUACGAUUAUAUCCUCAAGUUUGCAGAAGGCAUUGUACACUGAGAAUGGAGCUCCUUGGCUGUGAAUUAUCAGGUUGCUCGGAACCUCUGGGAAUGAAAUCAGGACAUAUACAGGACUAUCAGAUUACUGCUUCAAGUGUCUUCAGAACACUCAACAUGGACAUGUUUACAUGGGAACCUAGAAAAGCUCGACUAGACAAACAAGGCAAAGUGAAUGCCUGGACAUCAGGACAUAGUGACCAGUCACAGUGGCUACAGAUUGAUCUUCUUGUUCCUACAAAAGUGACAGGCAUUAUUACUCAAGGAGCUAAAGAUUUCGGUCAUGUACAGUUUGUGGGUUCCUAUAAACUUGCCUACAGCCAUGAUGGAGAGCACUGGACCAUAUAUCAGGAUGAAAAGCAAAAAAAGGAUAAGGUGUUCCAGGGAAAUUUUGACAAUGACACCCACAGAAAGAACGUCAUUGAUCCUCCUAUCUAUGCACGGUACCUGAGGAUCCUCCCAUGGUCAUGGUAUGGCCGGAUCACUUUACGGUCAGAGCUUUUGGGAUGUACAGAAGAGGACUGAUAAUGAUAUUCAUUUAACAGCACAACUCUUGAUAUUCCUUUUAAAAAAGAAAUCUCCAUAGGGAAAAGAAAAACUGUGCAAAACCUGUAGGAAGCUGGAUGGGUUUUUCAUGAAAAAGUGCUCACUUUCUGGAAGGCCACAGUCUUUUGUAAGGAGGUCUAAGCCUGCCCUUAAAAUGGUCCAAAUCUGAUUUAUUUAUUUAUUUUUAUUGUCCUUCUAAAUCUGUUUUAGUUUUAUUUUUCAAUCCUUUGGAAUCUAUUUUGCUGCACAAUUGACCUUUCAAGUUGGCUUCUGAGUUUUUCACACUGGUUAAAAUGUGGUUCAGGAUUUUAAAAGAAAGCAGCAGCAUUUUUGCAAGGCAGACGAAAGUGGUAUGAGGGAGUUUGUUUGAGACUUGAAAAAGACCAGAUGUAUCCAUUGUUUCUGAAACCACACUAUCGUCUUACUUGCAAAAAUAGUGAUACUGCAGCUUUAGCAAUAAGUUUUUCUCGGGGAUGACUGCAUUUGAUUGAUUCCCUUGUGCCUAUUGAGCAUUGUCAACAUUAUGAUAUUUUUUGAAAGCAUCUCUGUGGUCUGCAGUCCUCCUGAUGUUACAAACUGCCUUUUGUAAUUUCCUUUACAAACACAGGCAAAUCCACACACCCAGGGUUUUAUUUCCAUUAAUUAUGCUUUCCAUUAAGCUUGCUGAGGAUGUCUUUUUCUUUACUCACACUAACUGCUGAUGUUGAUUUUCAAUAAACCAACUUGGGUUUGGGGGUGGGGGUGGGGAUCUGCUAUCAGUAAGAAAUCUGAUGAUUUUGUCAAUGAAAUCAGCUUGUGGUUUUCUUCCUAAAGGAUACUGAAAGACCGAUGACCAUAUUCAAGACUUCAGUAACUUGAGCAGGGUGGUAGGCACAUAGCUAUGCUGUAAAAAUAACGUACCUGCUGUCUUCUGUUUUCUUACUUAUGAAGCUGCCAAGAAUAUGGCUUCUUUGAGAAGCCUCCCUUGGCUCAGUGGGUGAGAGUGACUGUGAGGUCCAGGGUGGCAUGCCAGAACAUACAGACAAUGCAAUCUUGGUCUGAAGCAUAACUCCGCUACCACACUGUCCUGCAACAGCUCUUCAGACUAAUGGGAACAAGUGAUGUGAAGCUUGGGGCUGGAUGGUUCAUAUACCAUUAUCUCUACAAGGUGCUUUCGGCACCCAAGGUGAAGAGGACCAUUCCUGCUGGAUCCACAAAUGAUGAUGUUGCAAAACUACAGAGGGAGGAAUGGGUUCAGACAUGGGUCAGUCUUCAAAAAAACAGAGACAAGAGGAAAAGGCUGAAUGUAUGUUGUGAUUUUUUCAGAAGGCAGGAGGCAGCAAAGAAUCUAGUAUCAAAUGCAGAGUUCUGCUUCAGAAGAAGAUUGACUCAUUCCCGUAUAAGCACAUUCCUAGCUCUGUGAUCAAAUGUGUUACCCACUGACAUCUCCCAUGGCUAGGAGGAGGGUUUCAGUGUUCUCUAAAGCAAAGGCAGAGGGUUUGGAUUGGCAGGGUUGUUGGAUGUUAAUUGCUUGUCAAAGAUGAAGUACACACGAGGCUUAGCCAGCAGGGGUAUGCCCAUGGCAAGAAGAUAAGCCACACAUAGUACUAGGUGGCAGCUAAACUACGCAGCAUACAUUCCACUUUCUUGUAUUCCAGUGCAACUUGGAUUCCAUAGAGGCAAAGCUUUCUCGCACCGUGGAAGAGAUGGAAUUAUUGGGGGUGGGAGUGGGGGAUGGAAGGGCUUCAUGAUUUCCAACUGGGUAAAACAUUGUCCUUUAUCACUUAGAACUGGCUUAUAAAUUGCAGCACACCUCUUCUAGGAAGCAUAUAUUCUUGAGGGAGGUGCUUAUUGCUUUACAGAAACUUCUUAAGAUGAUAAUUUGCCAUAAAGCCACAUCUCCACCAUAUUGACCAGGUUAUGUCAGCAGAUCUUGCAUCUGAAGGUGCAAAAAAGUUGAUGUUCAUUUGAAUGGACUGAAGAUGCAAUGCAUACCAAUCAGUAUUGGAGAGCCACAUAUGCCGUUAUUCGUAUGCAUACAGUUACUUUUUCCCAGGGCAACAUGAGUCCGUGCCCAUCCAUAAUAGUAGAAGACGCUGUUAUCCCUGGAAGAACUGCCCAGGGUGGCUGGCAAAGCACCAUGGAAAUCCCCAUUUCUCCUUCUGCCUAGCCAUAGCUGCAGCAAAUGUGUGUGAAAACACAGUUGUGGCUUAAUACAGGGUUGGGGGGGUUGUUAGACUGCAGUUACUUUUGGCCAGCAGAACCAAUGGUGAAAGCAUCUGGAGGGCAAUGGUUGCCCACCCCAAUUUAACAAAUGGCUUUUUCUUAUGUGAUGUUCCUGCUGGUGCAGAGGAUCCUGACAGAUGAUGAUCAUAGCUGAUCCUGCAAAGCACUUUCAUUUUAACACAAUACUUAUAUGCUGUCUGUUUCCUUCAUAAUUCUUAGAUAUCAUCUCAUAACCUCAAAGGUCCAACAAAGUUUUUUAUUUUAAUUUCAUAAUAUGCUCUCUCUCUCUCUCUCUCUCUGUAUGUGUGUGUGUGUUUGUGUGUGAUUAAUACAUCCUGGUAAGCAUUCUUAUGAGAUAUGUAUACUGUAUAUGUAAGCAUAGAAGCUAUGACCAUGAUGAACAGCUAAUCAUCCUAUAGUCCAAAUUUCCCCCAUGCUCAAGAAAGGAUUAUGCAAUCUGUAUCUAAUCUCUGUCCUCUGUGUAAUGAUAGUGACAUCUGAUCUGCACCAAAAAAUUCGGGACAUGAAUUUACAGCCAUCAAGGGAACCGCUCUUGAAAGCAUAUCCCAAAAAAAUUGGAAUCAGUAAGAAGUGUCUGUCUACAUAAUGAACACUCAGUUCAGAGAGUGUGUUUGUUCACAUGUCUAUUUUUGUAAGGCUUAGACAAGGAUAUUCAGAGAUCUCUGUUUGAGAACCUAUUCAAAGCAAAUUGCAUAUGUGUAAGGAAUGUUCUGUGCAACACUGUUAAGUUAAUGAUUUUGUUUUGUUUUUAGUUGGAUCUGUGCUGCAUUACAAAAUCCACUAGACUGUUACUGUCUUGUCUGUAACUGUGUUAACAUUUCUUAAAAGUGUUAUCUAUGGAGUGAUCUUCAAUUGUAGUGAACAAUUUUAAAGAGAAAGUCAAUCGUAAUUGCAUUUAAAGUUGCAAAAGGCUGAUGGAAUGAGGUUGAUCACCAAAAGUAGCAUUAAAAGACACACACUGUUCAUAUUCUGCACUAUAGGCUCUUAUGAAGAUGUUGCCAUUCACAGCCUACUUGCUCCACUGCAAUUCUGUAGGCCUGCUCUAGAGCAAUGAUCCCCAACCUUGGGCCUCCAGAUGUUCUUGGACUACAACUCCCAGAAGCCUUCACCACCACCACCUCUGCUGGCCAGGAUUUCUGGGAGUUGAAGUCCAAGUACAUCUGGAGGCCCAAGGUUGGGGAUCGUUGCUCUAGAGUAUUAAAAAGGCUGCAUUGUUGCUUGUACCUGAGUGACUUUAGACUGUCAUGGGACUUCAUUCUUUUCUCUUACUUUAUGGGCCAUGUUUAUGCACUUGUAGUCAUCUCAUCUGGUGGUACAGUGUGUAGCAAACAAAAUCCAUUUGGCCUUUAUGUAGACAACAGACACAGACCUCACAUCAACGGUCUGUAUGUGACCCACCCUGAACAGUUGAUUAAGGCCAUCAAAGCAGCACCCAUUUUUGAUGCUGCAGGCCUGCCUGUCUAUUGAGCAAGGGAAUGUGUGUACACACAGUACUCUGUAGAACACAUUGGUCCAAUUAAGAAAGCACACAGACUACCUUAGAUCAAUCUGGGUAAUAACCACCGACUCUUAAUCUCCUGAAUGACACACUGAAAUAAAUGGUGUGGAAGUUAAAGCCUUCUCUAGACAAAACAAGAUUUCUGCAGCUAAGAGACUGCAGGCCUUGAUGUGAUGACUCCAUCCUGAAUUACUUUUGCUACAGCUCACAGCCACUGAAUGGACAGUGAACAGAUAGAGCACGUUGAGCUGCCAGCCACUACUUUCUUGUAAAACAGUUCUGUAUUUGUUAGUACAUUUUCCUUUAAAAAAAAAAAACAUUUAAAUGAAGCUUUUUUGAACUUGCAGUAAACUCAAGUGUAUUAUAGUUUAGAAUCCAUAAAAAUAGGAUCACAUUGAGGAAAUAGAUAUUUCUGUUCAUUAUGCUUCUAACCUGAAAUGGCUGCAUUUCUUAUUUUCCUCUGUUCACCUUUACCAGUUAAUUCAUAUGAGCCUGAAAGCUUUGAUUACUUUUAAAACUAAAUGUUGGGACGUUUAGUGACAUGUUGCUUCUGUUAAGUGUUGUAAUUGUAAAGAAAUGCCUCUGACAUUUUUAAAAAAGUGAUUAUAGACCCUGUACAUUGGGAAGUUCCCAUUCAGCUGAAAGAGACUGGGAGGUGAAAGACAGGACCACCCUCCUACUUGAUUUCAGGUCAAACUGGAUGGGAGGUCCAUCUUGUCAUUGCAAUUAAUAUGUACAUUCCUUCACAUUUCUGAUGGGGAAAGAGUGGGUAGCCUCAGGGAUGAAGGUUUGAAUGAGGUUUUUAAUUUCAACAAAAAUUACAUUUCAGAAUGUACUAUUUGAAUUUUUUAAAAAAAAUUCAAUUGGCUUAGUGGGUCUUUCCUUCUAAAUUUAAAUAGCUGCUUACAAGAAAUCAUUUCUGUCUGAGGAUCAGAACAGCCUGACCACCCCAAGACUGUUUGCUUAACUACAUAACAAAAACACACACAUCAGUUACAUUCAGACAAUUAACGUCAUAGCAAGUUUUACUGUCAGAAUCAAACUAGACAUUAAGAGGAAGUUGUAUUUUUCCGUCUGAAGUGUCAUUUCCUCUAAGAUACAUGCAGUGGCAAUCAGACUUGCUGGUUUAGCAUGUGUUUACCUCAUAGCCAGUAAUCUCACAAAACAUGAUAAAUGCAAGAUACUGGGGUGAGGGGGGGAUCACAUGCUGUGCCAUGCAGAUAUUUUUUGUCACUUGAGGGAGCACCUAAUCUAAAAACAUGCUCAAUGUCUGGUUUUUAGUGAAGCUGACAAAGGAGUAACUUUCCGGUGUAUUUUGCAUAUAUUGACAGACAAACAAUUUAUUUUGAUUCAUUUUAUCUCUAUAUGAAGUCUUGGUACUGCAGGAUGCACUGUCUGCUACAAAUGAGUUUACACAUGACCAAGCAGUGAAUAUGACAUAUAUGAAACAUCACUGAUGAAACAGCAUAGACAGAGGUUUCAGAUUAUCUCACCACUUUAAACUUACAUUUUUCAAUGUAGGAAGUUUGCACGUUCUAUUGUGAUUCAUCAAAUCCUAGGUUAUUGUGUACUAAAACACUGUAUGAUGUACAUGUUUAAGUCAGCCAUAAGUCUAUAUAAUGUGUCUUGUUAAAAAGAACUGAACGAUAUAGCACACACACGUUAAGCAAACUCCUUAAGUCAAAGUGGUGCUAAGUCAGGAGUCAGUACCCCAAAUUAAACAGUUGGUGACUCGUAACAAUAGGCUCUAGUCCUAAAAUAUUAGAGAUAAAUUCACAAAUUAUCCUAGCUUCUUACACAGGGUGUAUACAUGCUUCUUACACAGGGUGAAGGAAGUCAAGAACAACUAUGGGCACACUGCCUGCUCCUGUAGCCUAUAGAACGGUCAUGGCAACAUGUGUAUCUUUGAACACAAGUUUACUUUGGAGUAAUUCAUGGAGGGAGACAGAAAGGAUUACAUCCAUUGCUUCCUCGUAAUCUUUAUGCAGAUCUGAACACAUGAGUUCCCUACAUGUAAUGGGGAAACAAACCAUGU